UAAUUUUUUAAAAAUACACACACGCACACGCAUACAGAGGCAUACAUGCGCACACAUACACAUGUAUUUCGUUUGCUGUGUAAACUUUUCUAGUUGAUUGCUUCCUUAAGCAAAUAGUGGGGACAAGUAUUCAAAUAUGGCUUUGUAGCUAAGAAGAUAUACAUUCAUGCAGGCGCAAUGUACUGUUUGGUAUUUCUUAUAUUGUUUUGAAUCAUGUUGGUGGUAUAUUUUGUAUUCACAUGUAUAAAAUAAAAUUGCUAAACCCAGGUCAUGCCAAGAAGAUACAUAGUAGAGGAAAAAGACUUAGAAGCUAGGAAGGGAAUGGGAAAAGAGAAAGGACAGGAGAAGCAAGAGAAUGGAAAGUUGCUCCCCUUCUACAGAGAAGUGGCAAAAAUCACCAAGUGCACAGUGUAACUAACUGACUUUCUUGUAAAAACUAGCAAAAGGCUGAGCUUUAUCACCUAGAUGACUUGGGCAUGAAAUAGAAACAACACAUUAUAACCCAGGUGAUCUCUGAGUUACACUUAAUUUCUCCCUCCACAGGUCAGUGGUUCUCAAAUUUUAGUGUGGUACCAAAUAGCCCUACUCUCAGAGAUUGUGAUUCAAUAGGUUCUAGGUAGGGUCCAGGAAGGCAUUUUUAACAGGCUCCUGGGGUGAUUCUAAUGCAAGUGGCCUGGAUUAGAGAAACUGUUCCCUACACCAUCAUCUUUUGGUAAGUAUUUCGUAAAUCUGGGAGAAGUCAAACACAACCAUGAAUUAUAUAGCAAGCUUAAGCUCAGAUUGUGUACCAUGGAGCCACUGAAGAAAUACUUCUAACCUAUUGGCUUCCUAAAGUAGAAGAUUCCUGAGCUGAGUUUUACAGGUUAAGAAUGAUGCAGUCACAUGAAAAGGAUGGCUGGAGGGGGCUCACAGACCUUGGACAGGGAUCAAAGGCACAGAGGUAAGAAACAGCAGGUGUGUUCAGGGCGAAGUCUCUGGAGAGUUAAGUGGGAACCAGAUGGUGAGAGAUGAGAUGGGGGGUAUGCAGAGGCCACACAGAGAACCUUGGACUUCUAUAGGGUAAGGAUUUGACGGGGUGGGAGGGGGAGCAAUGGAGAACAAGGCAGAUUUGCAUUUUAAUAAGAUCACUAGUGACUGAACAGGAGAUAAACACAAGGACAGGAAGAUUGUCCUUUCAAUCAAUAGGAAUUCAAGAAACCAAAUCCACAAAUGGGCAAUGGUUUGAGAAGCCUCGAUUACAUAUUUUCACUGUAACAAUUUGCAUUUCAGAGUGACUCGGACAAAAUGAUCAUUGGAGAAAUGAGGGAAGGGUAAAAUCUUGCCUUCUGAGUUACAAGUAUUCUGCCCUGUACCUGACAGCUAUUAGAUGUUCAAGAUCACUCGCCAAGAGUUGAGAUUACAGAUAUCCUGCCAAAAUGAUUUCUUCAAAGCCCAGACUUGUCGUGCCCUAUGGCCUCAAGACUCUACUGGAGGGAGUCAGCAGAGCCGUUCUCAAAACCAAUCCGCCAAACAUCACCCAGUUCGCUGCAAUUUAUUUUAAAGAACUUAUUUUGUUUCGAGAAGGAAAUGCUUCCAUGGACAUAAAAGAACUGGUUAAACAAUUUCAUCAGAUUAAAGUUGAGAGGUGGUCACAAGGAACGACACUAGAGAAGAAACCAGAACGUGUAAAAGAACCAGAAAAAGCAUCUGUAAUUUCCCCAGAACCUACACGGAAGGAAAAAUCUACGGACACAGAGGAGGACAAUAUAUCCAAACCACUGUUUAGCAACAAAACCACCCAGUUUCCGUCAGUUCAUGCGGAACUCUCAGAGCAUGUGGACAUACCUGAAAUAGUCUAUGGUUCUUCUUCCAAACCAUCCACUCCUAAGGUUACCACCCCACCCUCAUCACCAUCUCCAGCAGCUGUCCCACCAGAGUUUGCCUAUGUUCCAGCUGACCCAGCUCAGUUUGCUGCCCAGAUGUUAGGUAAAAUUUCGUCUGUUCGUUCUGAUCAAUCUGACGUUUUAAUGGUGGACGUGGCAACAAGUAUGCCUGCUCUUUCUGAGGAGGUGCUGAGCUCAGAGGCUUCUGAAGAUACUGUGGUGUCCCCUCCUCUUGUGUGUUCUGGAGAGGUGGUAGCAAUGCAGGUUCUGAGCCAAACGUCUGUCCAUGUAGAUACAGGUCCUAAACCCAAAGACGAUGAGGCUGAACCAUCAACGGCUUCCCCACUCCCCUUGCAGGAUGAACAAGAACCUCCUGCUUAUGAUCAACCUCCUGAAGUCCCUUUUCAGGCUGAUAUUCAGGUUACAUCAACCCUUCAUAUAUCAUCUAUAUAUAAUGAUGUGCCUGUGACUGAAGGAGUUUUUGUCGAGCAAAUGCCAGAACAAAUAGUUAUCCCUUUUACUGAUCAAGUUGCUUGUCUUAAAGAAAACGAGCAGUCACCACCAGUUAGUCCAAAACCUGUAGCAACCAAGACAGCCUCAGGCAUGUCUGCAGAAUCGGUAAAUUCUGCAAAACUCGCGGUACAGUUGGAGGAGGAUGAAAAACAUGUGUCCUCAGUACAUUUGGAGGCAGAAGGAACAGUUCUGCUCUCUGACACCUCUUUGAAAGGUCUGCAAGAGGUGGCUGCACAAUAUGCAGAGGGCUCUGUCCAGUCAGUGGGUUCUGAGAAAUCUCUGCACCUUGAAAUGGAGGUCAGUGCUGUAGUCUCUGAUGAUACUGGGCAGGAUGAGUCAUGGGAAAACUCUGCCCCCCUGGAGAUGGAGGCCAACCCUGUGUUCUCUGGGGGAUCUGCAAAAGAUGUACACUCAAGUACAUCUGUAAAAUCAUCUAGUGGCUCCCCCAAUCCUGUUCCAGAAGGUCUUACAGAACCAGAAAUCGAACCAGAAGAGGAAGCAGCACCUGAACAAGGUUUGAUGGAGCCAGCGAUAGCAGCAAGCGAAGCAGGACAACCACCACCAUAUUCUAACAUGUGGACCCUUUAUUGUCUAGCUGAUAUGAAUCAACAAAGUCGCCCAUCACCGCCACCUGCACCUGGGCCUUUACCCCAGGCAACCCUCUAUUUAUCUAAUUCUAAGGAUCCACAGUUUCUGCAGCAUCCACCGAAAGUUACUUCUCCAACUUAUGUGAUGAUGGACGACACCAAGAAGACCAGUGCGCCACCUUUUAUUUUAGUAGGCUCAAAUGUUCAGGAAGCACAGGAUUGGAAACCUCUUCCUGGACAUGCUGUUGUUUCACAGUCAGAUACCUUGAAGAGAUAUGCUGCAGUACAAGUACCCAUUGCUGUUCCUGCAGAUCAAAAAUUCCAGAAACAUACCCCAAAUUCCCAGAAUGCUAGUCCUCCUACAAGUGGACAAGAUGUCCCCCGACCACAAAGCCCAGUUUUUCUUUCUGUUGCUUUCCCAGUAGAAGAUGUAGCCAAAAAAAGUUCAGGAUCUGGUGACAAACGCACUCCCUUUGGAAGUUACGGUAUUGCUGGAGAAAUUACCGUGACUACUGCCCAUGUUCGCAGAGCAGAAACUUAAAACUGAUGCUGAAAAUGACGUUGUCUGAGUCGUCAUUCAAGGUGGAGUCUACCACCAAGCGUACUAUUUCAAUAAACUUCAUGCAAGCAUA